AUGCGGAGCAGACAAGGCUAUUGCAGCUAUUGCCGCGUGCGCUAUGAUAACCUGGAACAGCAUAUUUUAAGUGCCCAGCACAAAAACUUGGCCAUGCAGAAUCGACAUCGGAUGGUGACCAGUAGCUUGAUGGAGCGUUUCUUGCAGGAUGUACUGAGGCAUCACCCUUAUCAGAGUCAAGAAAGCAGGUCAUACAAUGAGCAACAUCUCAAGAAUACUGUGUCCCCAGAAGUGGUUCAUUUGGAUGAUGUUAUACCUGAAGAAAUGGUUAAGGACACUACUGGACUCAGAGCAGAUAUACCCACCAAGGGUUUUAAACCUGUUGAAGAGUCGUGUUCCAGACCUGGCAAGUGUCAGGAAUGUAUAAAGGAUGUUUCAAUUCGACCAUCAGUUAUUCAGAAACUGGAAAAGGGACAGCAGCAUUCCUUGGAGUUUGUUCAUAAGAUUGGGAGCAGUAUGAAAGAAUUUAAUCCAGUAGAUGCUGGUCAAGCUACAAAUAAUGGACAAAACUUAAUAGGUCCCAUAGUGAUUUCCAGUGUUUCUGCUAGUAGUUUAUCUGGAAGUUCUUGUGAUAAACCAGUUACAUCUAACACUACGAGGUUACCACUAGUAGCCCAUUUGGAUUCAGUUAACAAAUCUGACCCAAACAAAUUGGACAGAUACUUUGAUAAACCAGGCAAGAGCUCAAGCAAUCCCAUACUAUCAUCUCAUCUAGAAACUUCCUCAUUUUCAUAUCAGAAACCUAAAGAAACAAAUAGGAAAUCUUUUUGCAUCAGUUCAGGUAAAUUGAUUUUACAGAGAGGUAAAAAAUUUCGGGAUAAAACUUGGUCAACUAGCUUUAAAUUUCACGAACUUAUGGGUACUGAGGGCUCCUUAAAAUUGGAAUCACACUCUAAAUUAGCAGCAAACUCAGCAGCAAACCUGAAUAAAAUUAACAUACCUUCUAACAAAGAAACCUUUGAAGAUGCCGUUCCAGAGACCCAUGAGGAAUUCUUUUCUAAUAUGGAUCAUGCUCAAGAAGAAAAGCAUUUGUUUUUAAACAAGUCUUCUUUUUCAGAACAGAAGAGCUUAGUGAAUUCUGAAGUUAAGUUUGAUUGUGGCUCUCUUCAUUCAGUGUCUGAUCAACCCCAAGAGACUGUACAAGACUUGAACCCUUGGAAGGAGGAGCAAGUUGACUCAGAAGGCAAGAACUGUGAAUCCAGAGGUUCUCAAAUGAGUUUUGAUUGCAAUUCCUCUUUUCUUUCACUGACUGACCAAUAUAAAGUAACUGCCAAAGAAGUAAACCUUCCAGUAGAGGUACAUGCUGAUCUGCAGUCUAAGAGUAAGUGUUGUGUUUCUGACAUAAGUUCUGAUUGUGAUGGUUCCCUUCAGUUGGUUACCAACCAAUCUCAAAUGACUGUUAAAGAAAUAAGCCUUGAAAAGGCUAUGAAUUUUAGUCUGGUUGACCAAAGCUAUGAAUCCAGUAGUUCUGAAGUUAAUUUUGAUUGUGAUACCUCACUUCAGUCAAUUACUGGCCACCCCAGACAGUCUGUAAAAAAAGUAAACCUACCUAAGGAGGUGCACAUUGGCUUAGCUGAGAACUAUGGAUCUAGUAGUUCUGAAAUAAGUGCUGAUUCUGCUUUCCCACUUCAAGCAGCCAUUGACUGUCUCCCAGGGACUGUCAAAGAAAUAGAAAUUUGGAAAAAGGUUAACACUGACUUGGUUGAUAAGAACUAUGAAGCAAGUUGUUCUGAAACAAGUUUUGAUUGUGGAUUUUCCCUUCAGUCAGUAACUGAUCAUCCCCAACUGGCUGUCAAAGGAAGAAACUUAAAGGAUAUGCAUGUUGACCUGAAAAAUAAGAACUGUAAGCCCAGUGGUGUUGAAACAAGCCUUGAUCGUGAUGUCUGUCUUCAAACAAUGACUGAUGAACCUAGGAGGGCUGUUGAAGAGAGAAAUCUUCUGAGAGCAGAGAAUGCUGACCUCAUAGAUAAGAACCAUGAAUAUCAUGGUCCUGAAAUGAGUUUUCAUGGUGGUGCUCAGCUCUUGGCUGAUCAAUCUCAAGUAGCAGUUAAAGAGAUAAACUCUCAGGAGUUAGAUAUUGACCUGGAGAAUAAGAGCAAUGAACCUAGCGUUUCUGACCUCAGUUUUGAUUCCCAUGCUUCUCUUUGUCAGUCUGUUAAUGGUCAAUGUCAAGGGCCUCUGGAUGAAAUAAAUCUGAAAGAGUUAAAUGUUGACAUGGAAGUUAAAAGCUACGAUUGCUCCAUUUCUGAAUUGACUUUUGAUUCUGAUCCACUUCUGUCUGUUACUGAGCAGUCUCAGCUGGAUUUUGAAGAACUAGAUGAUCACAUUAACCUGCAAGAUAAGAGCUGUGAGUCAAACAGUUCUGAAAUAACUUUUGAUUCUGAUAUUUCUCUUCAGUCAGUAGUUGACCAGCCUCUAGUAACUGAUAAUGAGGAGGAAUGUGUUGAACUUGAAAAUGAAAGUUAUGAAUCUUGUGUUUCUGAAAUAACUUUUGAUUCUGAUAUACCCCUUCAUUCAGAUACUGAACAUUCUCAAGUAGAUAUUAAAGAAAUAACCAUUAAAGAGGAAGAACAUGUACACUUACAAAGGAAGAGUGAUGAAUCCACUGGUUCUGAAAUCAGUUUGGAUUCUGAUAUCUCUCUUCAUUCAGUGACUAAUCAUACUGAUGUAGCUAUUAAAAUGCUAAAUCUUCAAAAAGAAGAGCAGAUACAUUUAGAAAAUAAGGAAAGUGAACCCAGUGGUUUGGAAUUAAGAUUGGGUUAUGGUAUCACUUCUCAUUCAGUGACUGACUAUUCUGAAGAUCCUGAUAUAGCUGUUAAAGAAAUAAACCACCAUAAAGAAAAACAUGUACACUUAGAAAACAAUGAUACUGAAUUUAGUGUUUCUGAAACAAAGUUGGAUUCUGAUACCCUUCUUCAGUCAGUAACUCGUCGACCUGAAGUAGUGGUUGAAAAAAUACACUUUCAAAAUGAAAAGCAUGCUGACGUAGGAGACACAAGUGCAACAUUCAGAGGUUCUGACCUAAUUUUGGAUUCUGGUGUCCCUCAUUUAGUGACUGAGCCUCAAAUAUCUGUUAAAACAAUAAACGUUCAGAAAGAAGAGCCUGUUCUAGGAAAUAAGAGUGAUGAAUGUAGUGGUUCUGAAAUGGUUUUGGGUUAUGAUGUCUCUCCUCAGUCACUCACUGACCAAUUUCAACUAGCUUUUUUGAAGGAAAAGUGUGUUGAUCUGGAAGAUAAGAGCAGUGAAUCUAGUGGUUCUAAAAUAAGUUUUGAUUCUGAUGACCCUCUUCAGUCAUUGGCUGGACAAAUUCAGGACACUGUUAAAAAAAUAAACUUGUGGAAGGAAGAGGAUAUUGGCCUAGAAAGUAACAUUUAUGAACCUAAUGGUUCUCCAUUAAUACAAGAUUCUGAUAUUUCUCUUCAGGCUGAGGCUGAACUCUCUGAAAUAGUUGUUGAAAAAAUAAACCUUGAGAACAAAGAUCAUGUUUCCCUAGAAGACAAGAACAGCCAAUAUAGUGAUUCUGAAAUGAGUUUGAAUUCUGAUUUCUUGCUUCAGUCAAUAGUUGAUCAAUCUCAAGUAACUAUAUUGGAGCAGGGGCAUAGUGAACUAGACGAUAAGGACACUCAAUCUUGUGGUUCUGAAAUCAGUUUUGAUUCUAAUGACCCUCUUCAGUCAGUGGCUGACCAGCUUCAAAAAGCUGUUAAGGAAAUAAGUCUUUGGGAGGAUGAAGAAGUUGACAUGGAAGAUAAGAGAGAUGAAUCUCAAGAUUAUGAAGUCAAGUAUGAUUCUGAUGUGCUUCAGUCAAUGACUGGUCAAACUGAAGAAGUACUUAAGGAUACCCUUUGGAAGGAACAUGUUGACUUGGAAGAUAAGAAUGUCAAAUCUAGUGGUUCUAAAAUAAAUUGUGAUUCUGAUGAAUGUCUUAAAUCUGUUGCUGAUGAAAUUCAAAAGACUGUUAAAGAAAUAAGUCUUCUAAAGGAGGAAAAUGUUUGUCUGGAUGAUAAAGGCAGUGAACUCAGUGGUUCCGGCAGUGAACUCAACGGUUCUGAAGUCAUUUAUGCUUCACAUACCCCUAUUCAGUCAGUAGUUGAACAACCUCAAAAUUUGGAAGAGGAACAUACACAUUUGGAAGACAAAAGCAGUGAUCCUUGUGGUCCUGAUACAAGUUUUGAUUCUGAUGAUCCUCAUCAGUCAGUGGAUGACCAGCUUCAGAAAACUGUUAAAGAAGUAAGUAUUUGGAAGGAAGACCAUGUUUAUCUGGAAGAUAAGAGCUACAGACUAGGUGAUUUUGAAGUAACUUAUGAUUCUGAUGUUCCUGUUCCGUUUGUGGCUGAUCAAUCUUCUGUAGCUGUCAAAGAACCAAACUUUCAAAAGAAAGAUCAUAAUGAUGUAGCAAAUAAGAACUGUAAAUCCAGUGCUCCUGAAAUAAAAUGUGAGUCUGAUGUUCAUUUUCAGACAGAAGUUGACCAACCUCCAGUGGCUUGCAAAGAAACAAAUCUUCAGAAGGAAAAGCAUGUUGAUGAGGAAGAAAAGACCAAUGAACCUAGUGAUUCUGACAUGAUUUGUAACUCUGAUAACCCUUUUCAGGUAGUAGUUAACCAAUCUCAAGUGUCAGUCAAAGAAACAAAUCUUCAUAAAGAGGUAUUUUUGGGCCUGGUGACCAGUGAUAGUGAUUGUGAAAUCAUUUCUGAUUCUGAUACCCCUUUUCAGUCAGUGACUGACCUUCCUCAAAUGACUGUCAAAGAAAUGAACUGUGAAAAUGCAGACUGUAUUGAUCUAGAAGAUGAGAAUUGUGACUCCUGUGGUUCUGAAAUAAGAUAUAUUUGUGAAGAACCUCCUCAAUUAGUGACAAAUCAAUCCAAAGAGAUUUUCAAAUUAGUAAGCCAAAAGGGAGACUAUAUUAUUCUGGAAGAUUUAAGCUGUGAUUCUUGUGGUUCUGAAAUAGAUUUUAAUGUUAAUGUCUCACCUCAGCUCAUGACUUACCAACCACAAGGGCCUGUUAAAAAAAUGGAGAACUAUAUUGACUUAGAAGAUAAGAUCUGUGAAUCUAGUGGUCCUAAAAUAAAUUUAAAUUGGGAAGUUUCUUCUCAGUCAGUGACUGACCAACUGCAAAAAGCUACCAAAGAAGUCAACCUUCAAAAGAACUUGAACGAUUCUGGCCUAAAAAACAAGACCUGUGAAUCUGGUGCUUCUACAAUAGAUUGUGAUUCCUCCUCUGAGUCAGUGAUCCAUGAAAUGACCGAUAAAGAAAACCCUUUGAAAUUAAAACAUACAGAUCUAAAAAGUAUGAACUGUGAACCAUGUGGUUCUGUUAUGACUUUACAGUGUGAUACCUCUUUUCAGUGUGACAGUGACCAGCCUAAAGAAGCUGUUAAUAAAACAGACCUAUUUAAGAAGAUAUCCUUUGACCUGAAAGAUAACUGUGAUUCCCAUUCAAGCUCUGUUUCCAUGGUUGAUCAUCUAAGAAACCUGGAAAAAGCAAAGGGAGUCAUAGAAGAUAAUCCUGAUGAACCAGUUCUUGAAGCCUUGCCUCAUGUCCCUCCUUCAUUUGUAGGGAAAACAUGGUCUCAGAUAAUGAGAGAAGAUGAUAUAAAAAUAAAUGCUCUUGUGAAGGAAUUUAAGGGAGGUCGUUUCCACUGUUACUUUGAUGAUGACUGUGAGUCCAGAAUAAUUAAAAAAAAAAAUUUGAGUGAAGAAAGAAAGAUUACCUGGGCUGACCUUAACCAGGAAACGGCAUCAGUUGAAGUGCUGUCAGACUGUGAUGAUAUUGCAUGUAGUAUUUCGGAUACUGAUGACUUUUCAUUGGCCUUAGAUAAGCCAUCCCUUUAUUCUCAAGCAAAGGGGCCUUAUAAACAAAAAUGGUCUAUGGCUUCUCAAUGCCAAACUAUAAAACUCAACCAUGAAACUCAAACCAAUUUUAUCAAUUAUCCAGUGAUAAAAAGAAAAAUAAUUAGACAAGAGGAAGACUCACCAAAAAGAAGUGACAAAAUAAAAAAAAUCAAAAUAGAAACAAGUGAAUUUCCUGAAUUGUGUACUGAGAUACUACAAUCUGAUAGAAUAAGGACUCGGCUAUCAAACAAAUUGAGAAGUAAUAAGGUAGAGUAG